UGCACUUGCACCUAGUUUAUGGAUCCGCAUCCACCUUCAAACCUUGUAAAACAAUAUUGAUCAAGCAGGAACGAAUAAGCUGAGGGAAUUAAAGAAGUUGUGCAAUCCAUUUCCAGCCUGUUUCAAGAUUUCGUACGAGGCAAAGCUAAAGCCUAACGAGUUUUCUAGUUCAAUAGUAUUAAAGUUAUUUCUAAAUACUUUUGAAACUAAAAACCAAAUAUAUAAUCUGAUUGUCAAAAAUUUUGGGAACAACCAGUCAGAAAAGAAAUUUCAAAAGUCCAUCCCCAAUCAAACCUCAUUUCCCUAUGUUCCUAGUAAUAUAUUUAAAAAAGUCCAUACGCCGCCACUCCUGCCACUAAAUAAAAUCUUAGCCAUCCCUUCCAAACCCCACAAAAAACACAUACUUUCUUCAGUUUUUAACAAUCGAGAGCAUAAGACUCCCUCUGAUCCCUGGUUUCUCUGCAUCACGUACACUGGCCAAAUAAGGGAUUAUCGCUGUGAGCAGAAAAUGGGUGAAAGACGCCAGCACUCAUCUGUCAUGCAAAAAGUGGCCGGUCAGGUCCAUCUCAGUUCUAGCCUAUCCCACGAUGUUCUAUGCCGAUCAUACGGGGGCUUUCAAAAGCCUGCUCAAUUUGCAUAUGGAAAACACUAUAAUGCAGGUUUGCAGUACCCAAUGACACGGGCAUUCCAAGCCACCCGUGAUCUCUCAUUGGUUGCAUCAAGAACCUCCCCAGUGCUUGUCCACGCCCCUUCAGAGAAAGGCCUUCCUAGCUUCGCUGUAGAUUUUGUUAUGGGUGGAGUUUCUGCAGCUGUGUCCAAGUCUGCUGCAGCUCCCAUCGAGCGUGUGAAGCUCUUGAUCCAAAACCAAAAUGAGAUGAUCAAGGCUGGUCGACUCUCUGAACCCUACAGGGGAAUUGGAGACUGUUUCAGCAGAACAAUCAAAGAUGAGGGUUUUCUGUCAUUGUGGAGAGGGAACACAACCAAUGUCAUCCGUUAUUUCCCCACUCAGGCCUUUAACUUUGCAUUCAAAGAUUACUUUAAGAGUCUCUUCAACUUUAAGAAGGACCGAGAUGGCUACUGGAAGUGGUUUGCUGGUAACUUGGCCUCUGGCGGUGCUGCUGGUGCUUCUUCCUCGCUCUUUGUCUAUUCCUUGGAUUAUGCUAGAACCCGCCUAGCAAAUGAUGCCAAAGCUACCAAGGGAGGGGAGAGGCAAUUCAAUGGCUUGAUUGAUGUGUACAGGAAGACUAUGCAAUCAGAUGGUAUUGCUGGACUUUACCGUGGAUUUAACGUUUCAUGGGUUGGCAGCAUCAUAUACCGUGGUCUGUAUUUUGGAAUGUAUGAUUCUUUGAAACCAGUAAUCCUGACAGGAAAGCUCCAGGAUAGUUUCUUGGCUAGCUUUGUCCUUGGUUGGGCUGUCACCACUGGUGCUAGUCUUGCCUCAUAUCCAAUGGACACCGUGCGCAGAAGGAUGAUGAUGACGUCGGGUGAAGCUGUCAAGUACAAGAACUCAUUCGACGCAUUCUCUCAGAUCCUUAAGAAUGAGGGAGCCAAAUCUCUGUUCAAGGGUGCUGGUGCUAACAUACUCCGUGCAGUUGCCGGCGCCGGUGUCCUUGCUGGAUAUGACAAGCUUCAGGUGAUUGUGUUAGGAAAGAAGUACGGUUCUGGCGGGGCCUGAACAAUUAAGAUCGUCACUCUUCCCCACUGCCUUACUUAGUCUUCAAUUUGGGAUAGAUAUAUAAAUGAUGAUGAUGAUGAAAAUUUGCACUUCAGAUUUAAAAAAAAAAAAAAAAAUUAUUUGGAGUGAUUCUUUUGUAGGGUUAAAAUUUAUUUUUGUUUUCAAGAAUUUUGCUUCUGUUGUAAUUCAUUGAUAAUUUUUGAAUAUGCAUGCAAUGUUGUGAUUGUCCUUUAACUUUUGUUUUU